UUUUCCUUUCUGUCAAGCUCCUUGCUUGCUUGCUUGAUUCUCUUCUCUUUGAUCCUGGAGCGCGGCCGCCGGUCCGUCCAGUCCACCCAACCCUCGCUGUUCGUGCGCCCGAGCUCGUGCCCGCCCGCGCCAGAUCUGAGUAGAUUCCAAGAAUCCCAGCACGAACCCGGCGGGGAGUUCUUGGGCUUGGACGGAGAGAGGGGGGAAAAGGCGGCGGGGACACGGAGGCCGGGGAUGCCGGCGAGGAGCUGCGGGGAGAGGGCGUGAUGGCGGCGGUGAUGGACUACUUCAGGUCGUGCUGGGGCGCGCGGUCCCGGGCCGGGCGGCGGGGCAAGAAGGGCUCGGACGCCGCCGGCCGCCAGGACGGGCUGCUGUGGUACAAGGACGCCGGCCAGGCGGCCACCGGCGACUUCUCCAUGGCGGUGGUGCAGGCCAACAACCUGCUGGAGGACCAGAGCCAGGUGGAGUCCGGCUCGCUCUCCAUGGCCGACCCCGGCCCGCAGGGCACCUUCGUCGGCGUCUAUGACGGCCAUGGCGGCCCGGAGACCUCCCGCUUCAUCAAUGACAACAUGUUCCACCAUCUCAGAAGAUUUGCAACCGAGCACAAGUGCAUGUCGGCCGAUGUGAUCCGGAAAGCCUUCCAAGCAACCGAGGACGGCUUCCUUUCCGUAGUCAGCAAGGAAUGGUCUAUGAAGCCUCAGAUCGCAGCAGUGGGCUCUUGCUGCCUGGUCGGCGUGAUUUGCUCCGGAACUCUCUACAUCGCAAACGCCGGUGACUCGCGUGCGGUUCUCGGAAGGCUUGUCAAGGCGACCGGUCAGGUUGUGGCCAUGCAGUUAUCGGCAGAGCACAACGCGUGCUAUGAGGAAGUUAGGCAGGAGCUACAGUCAUCACACCCUCAUGAUCCACAAAUCGUGGUUCUGAAACACAACGUUUGGCGUGUGAAGGGCCUCAUCCAGAUCUCAAGAUCUAUCGGAGAUGUAUAUCUGAAAAGACCAGAGUAUAACAGAUCACCUCUACAUAGCAAGUUUCGGCUCCGGGAAACCUUCAAGAAGCCAAUUCUUAGUUCUGAACCUGCGAUUGCUGUUCACCAAAUACAACCGAGUGAUCAGUUUGUUAUAUUUGCUUCUGACGGGCUAUGGGAGCACCUCAGCAAUCAGGAAGCAGUUGACCUUGUCCAAAGUAACCCUCGUAAUGGGAUCGCUCGAAAGCUAGUGAAAGCCGCGAUGCAAGAGGCGGCCAAGAAGAGGGAGAUGAGAUACUCGGACCUGAAGAAGAUCGAGCGUGGGGUGCGGCGGCAUUUCCAUGACGACAUAACGGUGGUCGUGGUGUUCCUGGACGCGAGCGCGGUGAGCAGGGCGGGGUGGAGCAAGAGCCCGCCGGUGUCGGUGCGAGGGGGCGGCGUGAGCGUCCCUGCCAACUCCCUCGCGCCUUUCUCGGCCCCCACCAUGGUGAGCAGCACCUACUGAAGAAGGGGAAGAAGCCGCCACGCCGAGAAGAGAAACUCUAUGACGAGAGCAUCUGCAGAGAGAGUGCUUCCUGCUGCUGUGAAACUGCUCAGGCUCCACCCGGGUAAUUAAAUUAGCGUACUGAUAGCAAGGUAUAAUGUUAGAUCACCACCAUUAGCGAUGCUUUUCGCCCCCUCCGCCUCCUCCCCUUUGUUCUUUUACCUAUCCCUUUUCUCCUCUCCAAUGAGAGAGGAGAACAAGGUGGCUGUAAAUUUGUCCGGAACAUCGGCGUCUCUUUUCGCAAUAGUCCGUCUUCUUCCAUC